CGCCCGACACGCCCACUCCACCGGCCACCGCACACCCACCGCGCUCCCUCUCUUCCCUUCCUCACUCCAGACUCCACACACCAAACCCAACCGCCGAUCAUUCUCGCCGCCCGAAUCCAGCCAGGCAGCUGCGAGGAUGUACCGAGAUCCCAACCCCUUCGACGAGGGCGCCGACGACAGCGCCUUCUCUAAUGGAGGAGGGCGCGGCGGCGGCGGUGCCGGCGGCGGUGGCAACUCGCAGUUCCAGUUCCGCCCGGCGGAGCCCGCCGGGUUCGGCGGCGGUGGUGGCCGCGAUGCCGCCGUCGACAUCCCCCUUGACAACAUGAACGGUUCGAACGGCAAGGACAGUGAGCUCUCGCAGUGGCAGGCGGAUCUCAAGAGGCGAGAGGCGGACAUCAAGAGGAGGGAGGAAGCCCUCAAGAGCGCCGGGGUGCCCAUGGAGGACAAGAACUGGCCGCCCUUCUUCCCCAUCAUCCACCACGACAUCGCCAAUGAGAUACCAGCCAACGCGCAGCGGCUGCAGUAUCUUGCUUUUGCGAGCUGGCUCGGCAUUGUGCUUUGCCUCGUCUGGAAUUUCAUUGCUGUCAUCGUCUGUUGGAUCAGAGGGGGAGACUCCAAACUGUUUUUCCUGGCUACCAUCUAUGGUAUGCUUGGAAUUCCUUUGUCGUACUUGAUGUGGUAUAGGCCUCUGUACCGUGCAAUGAGAAAUGACAGUGCAUUAAGCUUUGGGUGGUUUUUCCUUUGUUACAUGCUCCACAUUGGCUUUUGUAUAAUUGCUGCCAUUGCUCCACCGAUCGUAUUUAAAGGAAAAUCACUAACGGGUAUACUGGCUGCAAUCGAUACCUUCUCUGACAAUGCAUUAGUUGGGAUAUUUUAUUUUGUCGGAUUUGCCUUGUUUUCGUUGGAGACAGUUGUGAGCAUUUGGGUUCUUCAGAGAGUAUACAUGUAUUUCAGAGGGCACAAGUGAAGUGGGCAACAGAAGAAAUUUACAGAAGUCUACAUGUACCAUUCGAGCGUGCUGCGGUUCUGUGCAUACGUCCAAGUACAUGAAAUUCUUUGUAUGUUAUGGUAGUGAUGGUUAAUUACCUUUGAGGUUUCUUUGGUGGAAGGGUGGCAGUGUAGCACCACUAUAAAUAGUGUUGUUUCUGGAACUAUGUGGUGUUUGAAGCCUUAAUUUUUUACCUAUAAAACUUGCACUUUCUUCCCCUUUUUUGUAUACUAGCGUGGCUGCAUGUUCUAUUGGUCUCCUGGUGUCUUCUAUGGGAGCCAUACGGUUGCUGGAACCCAAAGACAUCAAACCAUCUGGAGAUAUUUUUUGUACGACAAAUUCUGGUUCCAAUUAUGGUUCUGUAAAUGAUGAAUUCGCCUGUGAGCAAUGAUAAAUGAGGUUCUGUA